AUGGCGCAGCUCGCGCAGACGACGCAGGCUGCGCUCUCGGGCCAGUCCAAGACGGUCACCGUCACCGUCAUGGGCGAGCACGAGCACGUCAUCAGCGGCUACUCCCUCCUGAAGGGUAUCGGCGACGGCGAGCCCAUCGCGAGCGACAGGUUCACGGUCGGCGGUCACGAGUGGGUCCUCCUCUUCUACCCCGACGGCAAGCGGAGCAUUAGCGAGACCCAGCAGGCUCCGCCCCCGAACGACGACCCGUACGCGGCGCUCUUCGUCGCACUCAUCGGCGAGGGCCCCAGGCCCCAGGGUGUGGUCCACUCGAGCAGCGGGCGCGUCGUCCGAGCGUUCCACAGGUUCACGCUGGUCGACCAGACCGGCACGGGCAACAGGGACAUCACGAAGGGAAGGCAGCGAGAUCAGGGCGCGGUGAAGAUCAGCUGCGCGAGACAGGACCCGAAUGCGAGAAAUUGCCACGGAUACCGCAAGUUCGUGCGCCGGAGCGUGCUCGAGAACCCUCAGAACGGGUACCUGGUGGACGACACGAUCGUCAUCAGGUACGAGAUCGAGCUGGUGGUGACCAACGGCGGCGCGCUUCACCGCAUAAACAAGGCGAAUCCGCUCAUGUCGAUUGACGUCUCCUCGUUCCCCACGCUGGGCGACGAGGUGAGGAAAUUGCUCACCGACGACGCGGACAAGACGGACUGCGUGUUCGAGGUGGAGGGCGAGAAGUUCCCGGCGCACUCCCUCAUCAUGUCCGCGCGAUCCUCGGCGUUCAGGGCCAUGCUCAGGACCGGGGCGGAGAUGCGCGAGGGGUCGGAGGGGGUGGUUCGACUCUCGGACAUUCGCGCGCCCGUGUUUAAGCUCCUGAUGCACUUCAUCUACUCCGACGAGCUCCCCGACGGCAGCGGGAGGGGACCCGUCACGGACAACGGGUACCGCGCGAGCGGCCCGGGGCGCGCGAACGCCGCCGGCGCCUUGGCCUCGCACGCGUCGGGCGGUAGGAGAGUUACCGGGACGGAGGGCGAACCGGGCACCCCCUCUGGGACUGGGAAUUCGACCCCGCCCGACCUGGACGGCAUCGACCUGGACGUCGCCAUGACCCAGCACCUGCUCGUCGCCGCCGACAGGUACGACCUCACGAGGCUGCGCGCCAUAUGCGAGUCGAGGCUGUGCGACAUGGUGGACGUGGAGACGGCGGCGACGACGCUCGCGCUCGCCGAGCAGAACCACGCGCACGCGCUGAAACGAGCCUGCCUCGAGUACGUAGCGCUGCACCUGGCGGAGGUGAUGCAGACGGACGGGUACAAGCACAUGGAGCAGUCGUGCCCGCAGCUGGCGAGCGAGCUCCUUCGAACGGUGGCGAUGCGGGACACGACGCAGCAGCAGCAGGCUAACGCUAUGGCUAACGCUAAUGCGGCGAGCAUCCAUGGAGCGCCCCUCGCGCUCGGCGGCGCCGGAGACGUCGGGUUCGGCGGCGCACAGCCGUCGCCCACCCCGGCUGCGGUGACGGGAGGGACGGGCGGCGGGCACGCGGGUGGGAUGGGCGCGGUUGGGACGAUCCCGACGGCUGGAGCCCCGGCGGUGCACCACGGCGACCCGGUAGGACUCGCGGGGUCUGCGUUGCCGCCGCAGUCUCUCGCCGCCAUGAAUGACGCGACGGCUGACCCGGAUGAUGUCGCGACCGGCGGUGGAGGCGCGGGGAACGUCGUGGAUGGCGUCGCCUUGGAUGCCGUGGACGCGGACGAUGAGAUCGUCGCCAUCACCGCGGGUGCCGGAGCCGGGGCGAGAGGGGCGCAGGGGACCGUGCAGCCGGAUGGAUCCACCGCGGCGGGCAGGCGCGUGCGCAGGCGAACGUCGCACCACCACAACUGAACAACAACACGCUCGAGCGACCAGGCGCACACGAUGCGCACACGACGUAACUACUACUAGUCUCUAAUCGAAAUUCUAUGAAUAGAUACCCAACAUGGAC